AUGUCUCAACAGCAACACCACCACCGCGUCGAUCCAAAACUCUGGCAGAUAUGCGCCGGAGAUUCCUUCACGGUUCCAAAACUCCAUUCUAAAAUAUACUAUUUUCCCCAAGGUCAUUUAGAACAUGUCUGCCCUAUCACCCCUAUCACUCCAACACUCCAUCGUUGUUGCCGGCCGCUCAUUCUUUGUACAGUCUCCGCCGUUGAUCUCCUUGCAGAUCCUGAAACUCAUCAAGUUUAUGCAAAAUUACUCCUCACUCCCAUGAUUGACGGAAGUGUUGUUCCUCUCGAGGCUAGCAACGAAGAAGAUGGUGAUCAGAUUGUUUCCUAUGCUAAGACUCUAACCAAUACUGAUGUUAAAAGCGGAGGUAAACUCUACGUACCUAUGGCCUGUGCCAACUCGAUCUUCCCAGCGCUCCCGCCAAACCAAUCUCCAUUUCAAGAUCUCUUCCUCACCGACGUUUGCGGUGUAGUCUGGAAAUUUCGCCAUGUCCACCGGAGAUAUCCCUUUCAACAUCUGUUCUCCACUGGGUGGAGUGGAUUUGUUGGCAAGAAGAAACUCGUCGGGGGUGACACCGUUGUUUUUGUUAAAAACUCUGCCGGAAAUAUCUCACUUGGAAUUCGCAGGAAAACAAAAGUUGUUGGUGCAGCCAAAAUAACUAAAAAGGAAGUUAAUAUGGCAAUAAAAUUGGCAGAGAAGAACGCAGCAUUUGAGGUAGUGUACUAUCCGAUGGUUGGUGGUUUUGAUUUUGUGGUGGGAGCUAAGACUGUGGAGGAUGCAAUGAAGGUUAAUUGGAGUCGCGGGAUGAGAGUUACACACAUGGUAAAGAAAGACGAUACUCCAAAGGGAAUUUCCAUUUUUCAUGGGACAAUAUCUGGUCUCUCCCCUCCUUCUACUCGUCCAUGGCGAAUGCUUCAGGUGAAAUGGGAUGAUCCUCAAGUCCCUGAGAAUCUAAAGCAAUUAAGUCCCUGGCAGGUUGAACUUAUUGAUUCUAACACACCUAUAGCAGAUAUACAAUUCCCUCCAACAAAAAAGUUGAGAUGUGCUCAAGGUUCUGUCUUGCGAAACAUGAGCAAUCCUCACACCUAUGGUAUUUUGAACUCCAUUAAAACAAAGAAUGCUGAUAUCGACAAUUGCAACACCAAGAAAAUUAGUCCAGCUUCAAUAAUGUUAUUUGGUCAGAGGAUACAGCCUAUUGAAAGUACACUGUUAAAAAAUACAAAUCAACUUAUUGAUGAUGGCAUAAAUCAAUUUAUAUAG